CAUUUUCUGUCCGUAGUAGUUUUCUAACAUCUGUUUGUUUAUUACCCGGUUUGGUGGUGAGGAAUAUAAUAAAGUGUUCAAUUAAGAAGGAAUUAUGUCUAUUGUCCGGCCAUUACUGCCAGUGUUGGCUCGAUCAUUAGGUUCAUGUUCCGGACUGCCUCUCGCUCGAAAUGCCCACAAUAGGACGUGUGACGAAAAUGACAGUGUUAAUCCAAAUUUUGUCAAUCGCAAUCCACGAAAUAUGGAGAUGUUGCGGCUUGCUCGCAAACCACAAGGAUGGCAUCUUGAAGCUUCAACGCCUAAAUAUUGGUACAAGUUGGUUUUGGAGCAAAGUCAACGGCACAUUACGGGUCAGGUUGUGCACUACACAGGCACCACUGUUGUCUCUGCCUCAACACGUGAGUGGGCCAUCAAACAGCAGCUCUACUCCACCACAGAUGUCAUCGCUAUAGAGAAUAUUGGACGUAUCUUGGCUCAAAGAUGUUUAGAGUCUGGGAUUACUGAGGUGUACACUGAUCUUGAAAAAUCCAAAGAAUCCUCGGAAAAGGUUCGAUUAUUCUUAUCUGCAUUAACUGUAGGAGGGAUUUGUCCCAAAGAAGCCUCUGUUAUUAGUGAAAGGGAUGUUCACAGAACAACCUGGUCUCAUCCAGCACUACCCUGGCAUGUUACAGAAGACGAGGUACUUAAAGAAGAUCAGAUGAAGAAUGCACAGUAAUAAAUGUUGAUUUAUUUUCUGAAUGUCACCUGUUUUAUUGGAGUGCAUGAUAUGAUUGUUUUGUUCAUCAUGGUAAAACCCUCAGUUACCUUAAAACUUAGCUUUGUGUGGGAAGAAAAAACACCAAGGGUUCUCUAUCAAAGGUUUUCAGUGGGUAAAAUCCUUCUGCACUCUUGUGUUAAUUGUGUCACUUUACAAUUUGAAGCACCAGUCACAUUAUAGUAUAAAGUUUUUGUUUUAGUGCCCAUUCAUGUUAAUAAUUAAUGACCAGGAGCACACAGGUGACAUAUAGAGUAUAUGUAUAUAUUUGUACUGUAUGUACUUAAAUGUAUAUGUAGAUAUGAAUGAAAUAAAAUACAGUAUAUU